UCAUAAAGUAUAAUGGGUGGAAUGCUCGGCGCGCAAGUACGGUCUUCUGUGGUUGGAGGUAAAAGCCAUAUCGCUUUCCCCCAGUGUAAGCGGUUUGACCCUCGGACUGCGAGAAAGAUGUUUUCAGUCGCGAUUUCUGGCGGUGGUGGGAUUGUAGCUGGCGCGGGGUUAUCGAUCAAAGGUAGGGUUUCUGUGGGGUAUUGUGCCAUUCGUGAGAGGGGAUUAGAUCAUAAGCCGGCUUUAUUAAUGCCCGUAAAGAGAUUUUGCUGCGGGGCGACGCGGAUUGGAUUGCUCGAGAUGGGAUUAACUCGGAUGAAGACGGGGAUGGAGAGUGUCUUGAGGCCGAGUGGGAAAGCUGGAUCAAUACGUGCUUCCGCUGCUGGUGAUCUUGAGGAUAACCCUUCUAUUAAACUAAAAGAGAAAUCUUCUGGUACAGUUUUGCCAUAUGUUGGUAUUGCUUGCUUGGGUGCAAUUUUGUUCGGAUAUCACCUUGGGGUUGUGAAUGGCGCCCUUGAAUAUCUUUCUCAAGAUCUUCUUAUUACUGAAAAUGCUGUCCUACAAGGUUGGGUAGUUAGCAUGCUACUUGCUGGAGCUACGGUUGGUUCUUUCACUGGCGGAGCAUUGGCUGAUAAAUUUGGCCGAACAAAAACUUUUAAGCUUGAUGCAAUUCCACUAGUAGUUGGUGCUUUUCUCAGUACUACUGCUCAGAGCGUAGAAGCAAUGUUGAUUGGUCGAUUACUUGCUGGUAUUGGGAUUGGUAUCACUUCAGCAGUCGUUCCACUUUACAUAUCAGAGAUAUCUCCAACUGAAAUUCGCGGGGCACUUGGAUCUGUUAACCAGCUUUUCAUUUGUAUUGGAAUUCUUGCUGCUCUCGUAGUUGGACUUCCAUUAUCAGGAAACCCUAUAUGGUGGCGCUCAAUGUUUGGUAUUGCAAUUAUUCCAUCAAUUCUGUUGGCACUAGGGAUGGCUAUCUCCCCUGAGAGCCCCCGUUGGCUUGUUCAGCAAGGAAAAUUUAGUGAGGCAGAAAAUGCUGUAAGGAUCCUCUAUGGAAAAGAAAGAGUUGCUGAGGUUAUGCAUGACCUUAAAGCAGGCGGUCAAGGUCGCACAGAGCAAGAUGCUGGUUGGUUUGAUCUUUUCAGUAAGCGGUACUGGAAAGUUGUAAGUGUGGGGGCAGCAUUAUUCUUGUUUCAGCAGCUUGCUGGAAUAAAUGCUGUGGUCUACUAUUCUACAUCAGUCUUUCGAAGUGCUGGUAUUGCUUCCGAUGCAGCAGCUAGUGCUUUUGUUGGGGCAUCGAAUGUCCUUGGCACUGCCGUAGCAUCAUCUUUGAUGGACAGGAAAGGAAGGAAAAGCCUCCUCUUGAUUAGCUUUAUGGGAAUGGCUGCUUCAAUGCUGCUUCUUUCCUUGUCAUUCACAUGGAAGGUUCUGGCACCAUAUUCUGGAACACUUGCUGUUCUUGGGACGGUUCUCUACGUGUUGUCUUUUUCGCUUGGUGCUGGACCAGUACCAGCUCUUCUGCUCCCUGAAAUAUUUGCUUCCAGGAUCAGAGCCAAGGCAGUUGCGCUGUCUUUGGGUAUGCACUGGAUUUCCAACUUUUUUAUUGGUCUCUUCUUCUUGAGUGUUGUGAACAAGUUUGGUAUAAGCACUGUCUACUUGGGAUUUUCAACGGUUUGUCUCCUGGCUGUUCUGUACAUAGUAGGUAAUGUAGUUGAGACGAAGGGCCGGUCUUUAGAGGAGAUUGAGUUGGCUCUUAAUCCUCCACUUUGAUUUUAUCCGUUAUUAAUUCAAGUCAGUACUGCAUCUGUGCUCAUGAAACUUGGAACUGUUAAAGUUUUGAAUUUCAAUCUGUAGGAGUUUUUAUGAUUAAUAAUGUAACCCGUUAUGAUCACCGAGCAUUUUAAAACAAUAUUGUAAAUGGCUCAUUUGAUUGAUCUAAAUUAGGAAAUUAAUGCUUAUUAAGAAGUUUUCGACCACUACUUAGACAUUUGGUUGAGUUGAACAGAAAGCAGUGCUUCAUGUAUUAA